AUGGCCGACACGCGGAGACCGACGCAAGCCCUGGGUGCGCUGCUGCUGGCGCUGCUCGCGGCCGCGCAUGCGCACGCGCUGCCCGCCGACGUGUACGACCAGCGGCAGAGCGGCCGCGUCAACGUGCACGUGCGCGUCGCGGACGCCGCCCUCGUCGCCACGCUGCCCCACGGCACGCUCUCGGAGCUGAUGGACGAGAUGUACGACGAGUACGAAGACCCAGAGGACCCCGUGGCGAGCGACGACGACCCGCCGGCCGACUCCCCGCCGGAGGCGGAGACGACGACGACGACGUCGACGACGCUUCCAGCCUCAGCUACGACGCCUGCCAUCGUCAACUCCACGUGCUCGGAGGCUCCCGCCAGCAGCACCACCACCACCGCAGCCGCCACAGCCACCAGCACCACGAGCACCGCCAGCACCGCCACACCGGCGAAGCGCAGACGACGCUGCAGGGACGGCUUCUAUCGCAACCAGGCGGGCCGCUGCGUCCGCCUGCAGUUCGCGCAAAACGGGUAUAAACUGAGAGUGCUGCCUCUUACCUUCUCUUAACCGGUGCCAGAAGAAGUCUCCCAGGCGCAGACUACGCUCCUCCAUCGCCGCAGUCCGCAGAUGCGACAGCCACAAACGUGCUACAGCUCGGCGGUCUCCUGUUGACGCCAUGCCUGUGGCAGCAGUCUGCAGUUGUGUCGCAUUUGCAGACUGCCACAGUCGCGCAGUGGUCGUGCCAAAACUACAGUACAGACGGCCGCUGACCUACUGGUACACACAUGUGUUUGUAUCAACAGUAACACUUAAGUGACAGUCUCAUAACAUUCAUGUAAGCUACACUAUCUUCAAUAUUGUACUACACAUUACACUGAACAUGUAUACAUUUUCUGUUGAUACCUGUUUAUUCGUUCACACAGUAGCCAACUGAAAGUAUUCAAAAUGGUGCGUAGGGCUCCUUUGGUGCAGAAAUGCCAGUUGAUGUGUAACGUACUCCGGCGAAUUUGUAGGUUUA